GGUACUACCCGGCUCGCAGUCGAGCGUCGUACGUUGCGCGGUACGGUCGUGACAUUCGCUCAUCCUCCCCGGUGUCCGACUCCGAUCGCACUCGCGGCUGUGCGCCAUACAUACACGCACACGUCUGACCUGUGUUUGACUUUGUGCACGCGUCUUUCUACGAAAGUGUCAGUGCGAGACGGAGCGAGCGAGAGAGAAAGAGGGAGAGGAAGAGAGAGAGAGAGAGAGAGAAAGAGAGAGGGAUAUACGAGUAGAGGAAAAAGAGAUGCGGGAGGAGAGUGUGCAGCAGGAAACGCGAGUGCUUUUUCGCCGCAGUGCCAAGACGGAUUAAGGACGGAGGCGCGAGAGUCGGACGGAUCUCAGGAGUUGACGAUCAUUCUGCGAGUCGAUCUUUGAGGAAUCGUCAUUUCCGAUGGAUCUUACGAGGCACGGAAGCAACAGCACUCCACAACGUGUGAAGCUUUAACAGCGGGCGAAAAAUUACGAAGAAAAGUGCCGUUCUCGUCGAACUUAAACGAGAUUUGUAAAGUUUUCGUUGCCAUUUCCGCGCUCGUUAAUAAAUGAGAAAAGUGUACUCGGUUCGCGAUAAUAAGGUAACCGCGAUGAAUCGCGUUGUGCUGUGAACAGUGCAUGGAAAGAAGAUCGAUCUAGGAACAGCCGCUGUCGUCAAAUGGAGUUUCUUCACGCGGACGCGUUCGAGCCCACGAAAUGGUGAAAUGAUCGUGUACUUAGUGUAUCGUGGACGCUGCAGCGAUUUCUAAGAAGCAAUUGUCCAAGACUAAGAUGUACCCCGCGCCGGCGAGACAUCCCGCCGCUCCCGGCGGCGGCGGUAGCGGCGGGGCUGCUGGCGGGCUGAAAUUCACGGUGGCGGACACUUGCGAGAGGAUCAAAGAGGAAUUCAAUUUCAUCCAGCAACAGUACCACUCACUGAAGCUUGAGUGCGAGAAGUUAGCUAGUGAGAAGACCGAGAUGCAGAGGCACUACGUUAUGUAUUACGAGAUGUCAUACGGACUCAACGUUGAAAUGCACAAACAGACGGAAAUCGCGAAGAGGUUGAACGCGAUAAUCGGGCAAGUGCUUCCGUUCCUGGCGCAAGAGCAUGGCUUGCAGCAUCAGCAGCAGGUGGCCAAUGCCGUGGAGAGGGCGAAGCAAGUCACCAUGUCCGAACUGAACGCUAUUAUCGGACAGCAACAGCAGCAAGGUCUACAACAGCUUCUGCAACAGAUCCAUGCGCAGCAACUGCCUCACGGAGCGGUGGUCGGCGGUCUUCCGCCGGGCGGUCUGCUGGGCUUCGCAGGUGCGGCCGCGGCGGCCGAUCUACAACAGCAUCGCGCGGCCGCGGAGACACCCGAGGACCGUAAGCCGAUCGCCCUGCCGGACGAGAGGCUCGGCCAUCGUUCGGUCUCUCCACCUGAGAAAUUUCGCAGCCGCACACCCGACCUCGAGAGCGACCCAAAGAGGCGGAAGGAGGAGAAGCUAGGACAUGAAAGCGACGCUGAAAAGAGCGACCAGGACCUGGUCGUCGAUGUGGCGAACGAGGAGGCGUCGUCGCCGCACGCGAACGGGGAGCACUCGGACCCACGUGAAAACGGCACCCUGGAGAAGCUGGGCGCACCGGGCCACGUUGGCGGACCGGUAUCCGGCGCGGGCUCGGCAUCCGUUAAGGACAGGCCGCCGUCGCGCAGCGGCAGCUCCUCCGCCCGUAGUACACCGUCUCUGAAAAGUAAAGAUGUCGACAAGCCGGGUACACCUGUGGCGGCGGCGAGGGGCUCGCGCAGUUGUACGCCAACUAUGGGCGGCAUCCCUGGGUCCUUGGCGCGGGUCUAUCAUCCGCCAUCGUCGCAGCAAACGCCACCGCAGGGUUAUCAGGGCUUGCCAUCCCGCGGCAAUGAGCCGCCGCAGUCGCCCUCGCCAUACAGCAACUUGCCAUACGCGCGGCCCUCCAUGAUCGGUUUCGACGGUCACAUGAGGAUACCCGCGAGUAACGGAUUGAACAACAUCGCAGGUGGCAAACCGGCGUACUCCUACCAUAUGAACGGCGAGGGCCAACUGCAGCCUGUACCAUUCCCCACGGACGCUCUGGUAGGACCGGGUAUCCCGCGUCACGCACGUCAGAUUAACACCCUGACACACGGCGAAGUGGUUUGUGCCGUUACGAUCUCGAAUCCGACCAAGUACGUCUACACCGGCGGCAAAGGUUGCGUCAAGGUCUGGGAUAUCGGCCAAAGUGUCGGCAGCGCCAGCGUGAAACCAGUUUCGCAGCUGGACUGUUUGCAACGUGACAAUUACAUUAGAUCCGUGAAACUUCUGCCUGAUGGGAGAACCUUGAUAGUCGGCGGAGAGGCCAGCCAACUGAGCAUUUGGGACCUAGCUAGUCCCACGCCCAGAAUUAAAGCGGAAUUAACUUCGUCAGCGCCUGCGUGUUACGCCCUAGCGAUCUCGCCGGACUCGAAAGUCUGCUUCAGUUGCUGUAGCGACGGUAAUAUCGCCGUGUGGGACUUACAGAAUCAGUCGUUGGUCAGGCAAUUCCAAGGUCACACGGACGGCGCGUCCUGCAUCGACAUCUCGGCUGAUGGAUCAAAAUUGUGGACCGGCGGUCUCGACAAUACCGUGCGUUCCUGGGACCUUCGCGAGGGUAGGCAGUUGCAGCAGCACGAUUUCACCUCGCAGAUAUUUUCCCUCGGUUACUGCCCCACCGGCGAGUGGCUGGCCGUCGGAAUGGAGAACUCGAACGUCGAGGUACUCCAUGCUACCAAGUCCGACAAGUACCAGCUGCAUCUGCACGACUCCUGCGUGCUCUCGCUGCGUUUCGCCUCCUGCGGCAAGUGGUUCGUCUCGACUGGCAAGGACAAUCUGCUGAAUGCGUGGCGUACGCCAUACGGUGCUUCAAUAUUUCAGUCCAAGGAGUCGUCGUCGGUGCUGAGCUGCGACAUUUCCGCAGACGACAAGUACAUUGUGACCGGAUCCGGCGAUAAGAAGGCCACUGUAUACGAAGUGAUUUACUAAGCCUAUUCCUAAUAAAGAGACUUGCCUUUCCUCCUUUAAUAACAUUAAAAUCAUGAACUUUGUUAAUGUGUAUUCUAUCCUUUCGCGAGAAAGGAAGGCGCGAAGAGAUCCCGAAAGUAGGGAAACUCUCGGCGGCCUUAGAGCCAGUGUGGCUGAUAAAUGUGUACAUAUGCGCAUACGCGAAAUUGUAUUGUAACGAAAUUACAAAUAGAAGGAUGAAAAAUCGAUGUGUGUGCGCGCGUGUUUAUGAAUGAGCGGGAUCAACGAUGUAUAUUAAUCUUGCACGUGCGCGUCCCGAUUUCGCGAAUGCGCGUCCCGAUUCUCCGCCGAUUUACAGUACAUACGCGUAAUAUCUGCGCGCGGACGGGACUCCUAUCUGUCACGUGUAUACAACGAGCGUACGCGUUGACGAUGGAACGACGUUCCAUCCAACCGGAACAGUUCGCAUACGCACUAAAGUAAAUGAGAAGAGCCUUCGCAAACGGUGAUGUUAGAUAUAUAAGGUGAUUCUUGAUUGCACGCCGAUACUGUCGGGAAACAAGUUUAAGAGUCUAGAACAAGGCAAAAAUGCUAAAUGAGUUUAAGUCAUUUAGCUUUUAGUCACUUAGCUCUCCUCAAUGGUAAUAAAUUUUAAAAAAGAUAUCUCC